AUGAAACUCACGAAGCUGCCGCCAUUGCUGAUUUGUCUGCCCCUGGCCUGGGCCCAGUUGUCGUUCGUGAACCAGCUGCAGUGCGGCAACCCUCUGAGCGGCGUGUGUCGCCUGCAGUGCCUGAGCACCGAGGUCUCCGUGUACCCCGCCACCUGCUCCCUCUACUCCUUCUUCUACGGCACCAUCUACCAGCGAUGUGUCACCUCUCACCCCUGUUGCUACUGGUCGGGUACGUGUCAGGGUAGCUGUACAAGCGGCCAGGUACAGCUCAGCUCCGCCGCCACCUGCAGCAACAGCGGUGACGUCUGCUGUAUCGCCAGCACCGCCGUCACUUCCGACACACCUGUACUCACUGGCACCUCCAUCACAGCCUCCACCACAGCCUCCACCACCACCUCUACAGCCGCCAGCGUGGCCAGCAGGCAGGGAGGACGGCUGUACUGCCCCGCGUGCUGGGCGGACGGGAGGCGGCACCGACUGACUGGCCCUGGAUGGUGCGCAUCACCUACACCACCACCGCCACCACCACCACUGGCUUCUGCGCCGGCGUCUUGGUGGACUCCUGACACUGUCGUCACAGCAGCGCACUGUGUACAAGGACUGCCGACAUCAGCGAUUCAAGUCCGGGUAGGAGAGUACGACCUGUCCACCCUGGACAUCGGGGAGGAGGUGGUGAACAUCGUGUCCUACUCUGUGGCCCCAGGCUAUGUCCGUGGGGUCAGAGGUGCUGACCUGGCGGUGCUGAAACUCGCGCAAGCUGUGACGUUUACCGACCGGAAGUUGCCGGCCUGUUUGCCGGACCCCACCAUCCCCCUGCGCUCCCCUUCCCAGUGUUACCUGGCCGGCUGGGGCUACUCCGAGGUGGGCCUGGGUCAGAGGUUGCGGUCUGUGAACACCGUGCUGCUUGACCAACCCACGUGCGAGGCCCAGAUCCGAGCUCUGGCGCCCAGAGAGGCCGUGCUUCCUGCGGACCUGGUGUGCACUCUCAACCCUCCAGCAGCCCCGGCCGACGGUUGUGUGUUUGACGAUGGCGGGAUGCUGGUCUGUCUGGACAUCAGAAGCCGGUGGGCGCUGGCUGGCAUCAUGUCUGAGUAUUCAUGCGGAAACGGAGUGCCGGUACUUUUCACCAACGUCAGCAACUACACCGACUUCAUACUCAGCCGCCUGUAGGUGGAGGGUGUGACACCAUGACACCAUGACACCAUGACAACAUGACAGCAUGACCGCCAUUUUGUCUCCCCACCAACGUCAGCAACAUGCAAUGAUGAGGCCUGUCGUCUGCAAAGUGAACCCCACACAAUGGUGAAUGUGUAGACUGCUAUGUACCUACCUCUCACAGAGUUUACACACCAUUACACAAUGCUGAAUGUGUAGUCAGCUAUGUAUCUACCUCUCACAGUGUUUACACAACAUUCAUGUCAAAACAUUGGUAACAACACUUGUGUGACAUGUUCCACGACUGACAGUGGACUUCAAGCCCCGGUGUUGUCACACCUCGUGUCAGUGGACUGUGUACAUCAAACACUUACCUGUGUACAUAAAAAAAACUUACCUGUGUAC